UCGAGAGGACGCGCGCUCGCCGCUAUCGACCGGCUAUCAACAUGAACAGUGAUAAAAUGAACUCCAGAGAGUACCGGGAGAUGCUCAUCGACGAGGUGAAGAAGUUCCCUGUGCUGUAUGACACGCGGCACGAAAACCAUCGCGAUAUCGACGUCAGAGAUCGGUGCUGGAUGGAAAUAUCCGAACGACUCGGAGUCAAUUGCGAGAUACUGAAACGGGAAUGGAAGAUCCUGCGGGACUCUCUGCGGCAGUCGCUCAAGAAGAGCAAGGAUACUACCAAGUCGGGACAGCCGUGUAAGAAGUGGCGCUUCCAGAACCGGAUGGCGUUUGUUCUGCCGCACAUGACCAUCCGACGAAAUCGACGCUUAGUGAAGGAUGACAUCAAGAUCGACGAAGAAGAAGUGCAAACAGACCCCGACCCGGAAUGUCCAGAACCUUGGGAGUCAGGGAACACGGAUCAAGAUGACUCGCUCGAUCUAUUCUUCGCCAGCAUCUGCCAGAGCGUCAGAAGACUACCCAAGAAAUACCAGAACAUGAUAAAGAGGCAAGUCCUGGAAUCACUCCUGGCGGUCGAAGAGAACUAUGAAAUGGAGAACGCAGAGAAUAAGAAAUAAUAACCUGGAAUCGAGCUAAUCGCUGUGCGAAUAAUGGAAAUUUUAUUAGAAGUUAUGAAGGCGGGGAAUCACCAGACGCUGAUGAAUAUUUCCCCCGUCUUGAAUAGCCGCCACGUCAACUAUUUAUUGUAACAUCCAUACUUACAAGAUAUUAACGUAUAGGCAACCAAAGCGUGCGAGAGUGAAGAAUACCACUAGACGAGAUCCGCAAUUAUACGUUAAGCGUUUAAGUAACAGAACAGAGUAAUAGAACCAUAGACUAAUUCUAUAUAUAGACAACCACAGCAUGUGGAGCUUUCUUCCACGUACUACAAAGCUGUGGAAUGAGCUUCCUUGUGCGGUAUGUCCGGGACGAUACGGCAUGGGUACCUUUAAAUAAAACGCGUACACCUUCCUUAAAGGCCGGCAAAGCUCCUGUGAUUCCUCUGGUGUUGCAAGAGAUUGUGGGCGGCGGUGAUCACUUAACAACAGGUGACCCGUAUGCUCGUUUGUCCUCCUAUUCCAUACAAAAUAAAAAUGUGGGAGUGAAUAAUAUAUCAAACAGAUAUACAACAAGUUUCAUGCUGCGUACUGUCACUCUCUCUGACUGUAACUAUAAACUGUAAUGUCCAUAUACUUACAAGAUAUUAGCAUUUUGGUAGUCUACCAAUACGUGCGAGAGAGAAGAACAUCUCUAAUUGAGAUAGAGCAAGAUACAGAAGGAAAAUCGAAUCUUUUGGUUACUGUAACCGAUUUUGAUUGACAAGUCGUAAAAAGUCAUCAACGCUUGACAUUAGCUUCUUAGGGUGCAAGUUCACCGAAACGAAGAUAAUCAUCGAUUUUAAAACAGACCGAUUAUUGAUAAUGACAUCUGUUAAACAUUGAUACUGAUAUAAAUAAAUGCGAAAUAAAUUUAAAA